AAAUGGCAUCUUUUACGCGGCAUUGUAUAUGGAAUAAUAAGCCGUAAGAAUAAACCCUAUAUAGUGCUUUGCCAUCCGAGGUUUGUGUAAAUAUAUUAGCCACGAGACGACGUAUAAAUCGGUCCCUCUGAAUAAAAUCUGAUUUUGGAUGACAACAAUAAAAUGAAUUCUUUCACGUGGAUAUGACAGGUUGUUAAAGAAUUGAAUUUAAAAAGUUAUCUUUAUUUAUGUUAUUUUAAAACUUAGCAGUCUUAAGCCGCGCGCUGUCUAUGUUGAAAAGUCCAAAUGCACACGAAGUUCUUUCACGUUUCUAAUUAAAUUCCUCCUGCAGUAAAAUCCGCUAGAUUGGUGGGAGCAGGUGAAAUUUAACUGUUUCUUUAUAUCGAGGUGUUUAACAGGAUACAAAAUCGUUUGCUUUAAUUCAUUUUACAAUUGGAGGCAUGUUCGACUUCAGGAUAUUGGAAUAAAAGUCCUUCAUGUGAAAAGUCAUGUCGAAUGAAGAAAGCUGGGUUUUCUACUAUAAGAAACAACAGACCAUUCCAAACAUAGAUCGUAUGCCCAUACACCAUUUGAGUUGCCCAAGAGAGAGGAAGCGAAUAAUCCGGGUAUCCAACAAAAACAAGAAGUCAGCAGAAGACAUCGAGGAGAAAGAAAAUGACAGACGACAUUCGUCCUUCCAGAGGAAACGGCUGGAUUCUGACCAGCUAGACUUGGAGCUUCGAGUGUCAGAUACUGACAGUGAUAAUGAGGAGGGUCAGGAAGAUGACAGCAAAAUAAGUCAGCAAGUCUACGUCAACGCUUGUAAGCAUCUCCACGUCACGCCAGGUAAGAAGAUAUUACGUAGUUUGGGAUCCACGCAAGUGUCGGCGAAGGAGCGGAUCGUGAAUCAGAAAGAGGUGGAGUCCAUUGCAUAUGCCCUUGCCACAAAUAGCUCCGUGACGUCUUUAGAUUUAUCCGGAAACAACAUUGGUCACGAGGGUCUCUUGAACGUCUUGCGCAUGCUCGACGAGAACACUAGCAUCACCUACCUCAACAUAUCUCAUAACAAACUAGGCUCUAAAGCAGUGUCUUUACUCCAAGACUUGAUCUCAAACAACAAGAAAAUCCUGACUCUGGAAGCUGCAGGGAACCAGUUUAAUGACAAUGAUGCUGAGGCGAUAGCCGAGGGGAUAAGAUCGACAAAUACACUGAGGUCCCUAAAUCUCAGCCAGAACGCCUUCCAAGAGAAGGGAGGAGAAGACAUUGCAGAGGCAAUAGAGGAAAAUGUAUCUCUUAAGGAACUUAAUUUAAGUUGGAACCAUUUAAGACUAGACGGUGCAGUAGCUAUAGGGAAAGCCUUAACAAAUAAUUCAACUCUUCAAGCUUUGUAUAUAGCUUGGAACGGUUUUUCCAAUGAAGGAUGUAGGGAGAUAGGAACGGCAUUACAAACAAACAACUCCCUAGAACUAGUCGACCUAAGUAACAACAGAAUUACCUUAGAGGGAGCAAAGUGGCUCGCCAAAGGAAUCAUUGUCAACACAAAGCUCAAGCACCUGAAGCUGAACCUGAACUCUAUCACGACUCUAGGAGCCAAGACGUUAUUACUGGCGAUACGUGAUAACCCUGACAGUGCAAUAAAUACACUGGAAUUAAAGGAGGUUCCAGUGCUGGAGGAGGCAAUUGACAUCAUAGAAGAACUGAAAUCCUCCCGGAACCGCUUUGUAGUGGUCCACGAUGUUAAAGUUCUUUCGGAAGAUGUUCUCAGUCUCUCAGAAUCCCUGAAUAAACCACGAAGAAAAAAGUCAACGAAAAAGAAGUCAAAAUCUAAAGUAAAAAAAUAGUCUUCAUUGCGAAUUGUA